AUGAAUGUGGAUAUGUCCUACAUUAAUAGACACGAGGAUAGCCCCGAUAGGAAGAGACACCCAAAACGUGGUGGGACUUGGGAUAGAUGGGUCACACUGGUCUCUGGUCUCUUUGUAUGUGUUGUCCGGAAAGAGGAGGACUCAAUGAUUAUUCGUUCACCAGAACCAGAAGUUAAAAUUUUGGUAGAUAGGGAUCCUAUAAAAACUUCUUUUGAGGAAUGGGCAAAACCUGGUCAUUUCUCAAGAACAAUAGCUAAGGGACCUGAUACUACUACUUGGAUCUGGAACCUACAUGCUGACGCUCAUGAUUUUGAUAGCCAUACUAAUAAUUUAGAGGAGAUUUCCCGAAAAGUUUUUAGUGCCCAUUUCGGCCAACUCUCUAUCAUCUUUCUUUGGCUGAGUGGCAUGCAUUUUCAUGGUGCUCGUUUUUCCAAUUAUGAGGCAUGGUUAAGUGAUCCUACUCACAUUAGGCCUAGUGCUCAGGUGGUUUGGCCAAUAGUGGGUCAAGAAAUAGUGGCCAAUAGUAAGGAGGGUGGAUACAAAAUGAAAAAGAUGAGAAAGAAAGGAAAUCAGGUGAUCAAAGUGAAAAGA